GGGAGCCGGCGCGCCCGUGUACAUGGCGGCCGUGCUGGAGUACCUGACUGCCGAGAUCCUGGAGUUGGCGGGCAACGCGGCCCGCGACAACAAGAAAACGCGCAUCAUCCCGCGGCACUUGCAGCUGGCCAUCCGCAACGACGAGGAGCUGAACAAGCUGCUGGGCAAGGUGACGAUCGCGCAGGGCGGCGUGCUGCCCAACAUCCAGGCCGUGCUGCUGCCCAAGAAGACCGAGAGCCACAAGCCCAAGGGCAAGUAACCGUGCUGCUGCUGCCCGAGUCCUGCUUUGACCUGAACCCAAAGGCUCUUUUAAGAGCCACCUAUAACUUCAUAGGAAGAGCUGGUUUCUCUACUCGGGAGCGGUUAGUCGGUUGUGUGUUUUUUCUAGUCAUUGAAGGCUCCUUACCGUGUCAAGGCUGACAGGGAUGCUGAUAAACCGCACUCCCCCAUAAAGUACUAGUGGGCCGAGCUGAGGGAAGUCUAGCUCUGGCAUCACUGAAAGUGGAGCUGGUGAGGUGCAGUACUGUGUUCGAGGGCAUUUUGAAUAGCGUUGGUACCCCGAAUUAAAUAAGUCAGUGAGCCACGACGGCCUAGGGCAAUUGAACGUGGUAAGAAUAUGAUCUUGCGAGGUUGUGGCCUGUAUUACAUGGAGCGACCCGCCCUGCUGCAACUGCACAGACAGAUCCCUCUGCUACCAUACGGUUCCAGUUGCCCUCGGAGAAGGGAUACAUCUUUUCAACUCGACAUUUCCGGAGUUGAUUUCGAAGGAAAGCGGUCGGUUCUGCUUCCCCUCCCCAGUGCUCCGCCCUGUUCCCAGCACCCCAGGAACCGCCGGCCCUCGCUAUCAGUAUUCAAGGGCGCUUUGCUUUUUGUCACUGGACGCUCCCCGCCCCCGCCAGGUUCCGCUGUGUUCGGCUCCUGCAGCCUGCGCCACGCCGGUGGGGGCCACCUAGGGCGCAGCACGGACCCGGGUCAGGUCUGCGUAGCGCGACGGAUGCACACUCCGCGCACGGGGGCCUUGGGGAAAUGGCGCCUGGCCCUAACCUCACCCCAGGCCCUAGUGGACCGAGUGCGGGAAGCCCCUUGCCUCGCCCUCGCUAGUGGCGGGGUGGUUGGAGCUGUCCAAUGCCCGCCAAGCCCGGGAAAUUCAAACAGGCAGUGGGGGAGUGGGUGAGCGGCCGGGCCUGGGCCCCCGAGUCCGCCUUCUCGAAAGAUGGGUGGAUCCUCGAGCACCGCUCCCGACAGAGGCCCCUUACACUUGCCUGCCCCAGGCGGCCCCACCUGCCCUUAGGAACUGGGUGCGCCUCUGAGGGUGCCCCCAUCUGCCCCCAGCCCGCUUGUGCAUCCCUCGGAGCGCACAGCCGGAAUCCCGCCCCAUUCCUCUCAGAGACCGGGCAUGCGCAACAUGAACAGGGUUUC